CACUGAGAGUUGCAGAGUGACGACUGGCUCGAGACCUUGGGUGCAGCGGUGGGCAGUGCUGGAGCAUGAGUUCCAAGCCAAAAUCCAUAGGGGUCAUCGGAGCUCCUUUCUCAAAGGGCCAGCCACGAGGAGGGGUGGAAGAAGGCCCUACAGUAUUGAGGAAGGCUGGUCUGCUUGAGAAACUUAAAGAACUAGAGUGUGAUGUGAAAGAUUAUGGGGCCCUGACCUUUGCUGAUGUCCCUAAUGACAGUCCCUUUCAAAUGGUGAAGAAUCCAAGGUCUGUGGGAAAAGCAAGUGAACAGCUCGCUGAUGUGGUGGCAGAAAUCAAGAGGAACGGAAGGACCAGCCUUGUACUGGGCGGAGACCACAGUCUGGCAAUUGGCAGCAUCUCUGGCCAUGCCAGGGUCCACCCAGAUCUCUGUGUCAUUUGGGUGGAUGCUCACACGGACAUCAACACUCCACUGACAACCACAACUGGGAACUUACAUGGACAACCUGUAUCUUUCCUCCUGAAGGAACUAAAGGGAAAGAUGCCCGAUGUCCCAGGAUUCUCCUGGGUGACUCCUUGCCUAUCUGCCAAAGAUAUUGUGUAUAUCGGCCUGAGAGACGUGGACCCUGGGGAACACUACAUUUUGAAAAUUCUGGGAAUUAAAUACUUUUCAAUGACUGAAGUGGAUAAACUGGGAAUUGGCAAGGUGAUGGAAGAAGCAUUCAGCUAUCUACUAGGAAGAAAGAAAAGGCCAAUUCAUUUGAGCUUUGAUGUUGAUGGACUGGACCCGUCUUUCACACCAGCUACUGGCACGCCAGUCCAGGGAGGUCUGUCUUACAGAGAAGGUCUCUACAUCACAGAAGAAAUUUACAAAACAGGGCUACUGUCAGGAUUAGAUAUAAUGGAAGUGAAUCCAUCUCUGGGGAAGACACCAGAAGAAGUAACUCGGACAGUGAACACAGCAGUAGCAAUAACCUUGGCUUGUUUUGGAGUUGCUCGGGAGGGUAACCAUAAGCCUACUGAUUACCUUAACCUGCCUAAGUAAACAUGGAAAUGUCAUAGAAAAAUCUCACAGUUAAC